CACUGCCUCUAAAAUGAGUCUCUCUGGGGAGAGAGAGGAGGGGGCCACUGCCUCUAAAAUGACUCAAGACACCAGUUCUAAGAGUGUCCAGAAGCCCAGAGCAGAGUCACCUGCCCCCAGCCUGCUAUCAAUGAAGAGUGAUCAGCCACCUGCUUUCAGCCAGGAACCAUUACCAGAUGACAAUAAGGAAGUGGAGAGUUUGGACAGUGAGGAUGCAUUAAAGAUCACACACAACCUUCUGGACAGAAGAAGUCAAACUCUUCUGACAGUCCAACAAGACAUUAAGGCUAAACUGAAACACAAGUAUCAACACAUAUCUGAAGGAAUUGGAAACCAAAGUCUGUUAAAGGACAUCUACACAGAGCUCUACAUCACAGAGGGUGGAAGUGGAGGGGUCAAUAAGGAACAUGAGGUGAGACAGAUAGAGAUGGCAUCCAAGAAACAAACCACACAAGAGACACCAAUCAAAUGCAACGACAUCUUCAAGCCUUUAGCUGGACAAGACAAACCUAUCAGAACUGUGCUGACAAAAGGAAUCGCUGGCAUUGGAAAAACAGUCUCUGUGCAGAAGGUCAUCCUUGACUGGGCAGAGGGAAAAGCAAAUCAGGACGUUCAUUUCAUGUUUCCUCUUCCUUUCCGUGAUCUGAACCUGAAAAAGGACCAAUACAGUCUGAUGCAACUUCUUUCCCACUACUUCUCAGAGCUGAAAGAGAUUGACAGCAUUGAAGAUGGUGAAACCAAAACUAUUUUCAUUUUUGAUGGUCUGGAUGAGUGUCGACUUCCUCUAGACUUCAAAAACAAUGACAGGUGCUGUGAUGUCACGAAGCCAACCUCGGUGGACGUGCUGCUGACAAACCUCAUCAAGGGGAAUCUGCUUCCCUCUGCUCUCCUCUGGAUAACCUCACGGCCUGCAGCAGCCAAUCAGAUCCCUCCUGAGUGUGUUGACCAGGUGACAGAGGUACGAGGGUUCAAUGAUCCACAGAAGGAGGAGUACUUCAGGAAGAAAAUCACAGAUCAGAAUCUGGCCAAUGAAAUCAUCAAACACAUGAAGACAUCAAGGAGCCUCCACAUCAUGUGCCACAUGCCAGUCUUCUGUUGGAUAUCAGCCACUGUCCUUGAGAUGAUGCUGAAAGAGGCAGAGAAGGAUGAAGUCCCCAAAACUCUGACCCAGAUGUUCACACACUUCACGCUCAUCCAAAUCAUUGUGAAGAACAAGAAGUACAACAAAGCCACAGAGACAAACCCAAAGGAACUGUCUCAGUCAGACAAAGAGAUGAUCCUGAAACUGGCAAAGCUGGCUUUCCAACAGCUGCAGAAGGGCAACCUGAUCUUCUAUGAGGAGGACCUGAGAGAGUGUGGCCUUGAUGUCACAGAGGCAUCAGAGUACUCAGCAUUGUGUACAGAGAUCUUUAAAGAAGAAUCUGGGCUGAACCAAGAGAAGGUCUACAGCUUUGUGCAUCUGAGCAUGCAGGAGUUUCUAGCAGCAGUGCAUGCUUUAGAAUCAUGUCUGGACAAGAAGGAAAAUGUUUUUUCCACCACUAGUGAGGAUGAAGAUGAGGAGUCAAUCCAGUUGUCUGACUUACACAGGAGAGCAGUGGACCAGGCCUUGAAGAGUGAGAAUGGACACCUGGACCUGUUCCUCCGCUUCCUUCUGGGUCUCUCACUGGAGUCCAAUCAGAAUCUGCUACAAGGCCUUCUGACACAGACAGGAAGUACAACACAGAGCAAUGAGGAAACAGUUGAGAGAACAGUCUGGUACCUUUCAGACAAGAUCAAAAGGGAAUCCUCACCAGAAAGGAUCAUCAACUUGUUCCACUGUCUGAAUGAACUUGGUGCCAACUCUCUAGUUGAAGAAAUGCAAACCUCCCUGCGAUCAGGAACUCUUUCAGAAACAUACCUACAACUUGACCAAUGUUCAGCCCUGGCCUACCUGUUACUGAUGUCAGAGGAGGUGCUGGAGGAGUUUGACCUGAAGACAUACACCACAUCAGAGGAAGGUUAUCAGAGGUUGCUGCCGGUAGUGAAAACCUGCAAGAGAGCACUACUGGAUCGCUGUGACCUCACAUAUAAAUUCUGUGAGACUCUGGCUUCAGCUCUGCAGACACCAAACUCCCCCCUGAGAGAACUGGACCUCAGCUACAAUGACCUAAACAUACAUAAAAUGCGAUAA